AUGGGUUUACGCAACUCAACAAUCAACCAGACCGUCCCAAACGCAGUGACUGCUGUCUUCUACCUCACUCUGUGUGCAAACCAAGAAAAGGCCUCCAGGAAGCACAUCAUCAGCACAGCAUCCUCUAACCCUGAAUCCAGGAAAGAGAGCCUUCCAAUGGGCACCACGGUCAAUGAAAGCAGCCUCCUCCUGGAAUCUUUGACAGGCUUUGCCUUGGUGGUGAGCAGUGAUGGGAUGGUCUUUUAUGCCUCCUCAACUAUUGUGGACUAUCUGGGAUUUCAUCAGACUGACGUGAUGCACCAGAAUGUGUUUGACUAUAUUCACAUAGACGACCGUCAGGAGUUCAGGCAGCAGCUCCACUGGGCCAUGUGUCCUCCGCAGCACCAGGGGACGUCGGCUCAUCAGGAUAACCCGGCAGUUGCAGGGAGUGGUGAGGACAUAGUAGUGAGCAGCCUGUUCCAUUCUCCGGAGUCAGGGGGAAUUCCUCCUGAGCUCUCCUGCUUUCUCAACAGAUGUUUCAUUGCCAGAGUCCGAUGCCUUUUGGACAGCACCUCUGGAUUCUUGACUAUACAGUUCCAGGGUCGGCUGAAGUUCCUCCACGGUCAGAAAAAGAAGUCAGCCUCCGGGGCUCUGAUGCCUCCCCAGCUGGCUCUAUUCUGCAUAGGUGUACCCCUCCUACUGCCCUCCAUCACUGAGAUGAAAAUGAAGAACAUGUUAAUGCGGGGAAAGAACAAGGGAGGAGGAGGAGGGAUUAUCUCUGCACUGGAGCAUGGUGAGCGAGGGGAACACCUCCGGAGGCACUCCUUCAGUGGAGGAAUGGGUGACAUUGUAGACCCUCUCCUCCUCUCCUGUCCUACUCCUGGCCCUACCCAGCGAGGUCACCACACUCCCUGGACCCCACUCUCCAAAGACAAUCUCAAAUACCGCCCUGAUGGUUACUACAACCAGGAGGAGCCCCUCAACUACUGCAAGUCUUCGAUGGCUCCCCAUAAAGGCAUCAGCCCAGGCCUGGGCGGUGGCUGGCCUCUUCGGCCAAAUUCAGGUCCCCUCAGAGCAGGCCAGGGUGUCGGCUACAUACCUUCUAACCGCUUGAAUAAAGCUGGCCAGUACGGGAAGCCAUACCGCCUCUCCCCCAGCUGCCACAGCAGCAGAGGUGGUGAGGUGUUUGUCUCUAAGCUCUACGGGAGCGUCCAGAUUCCCACAGACCCAGAUGCCUACUGCGUGGACCUGGUGAAGAGCGAGAACGGCUACGGAGAAUGCUACGAUGGCCAUCUGAUGCCCGACAUGGCUCCCAUCAAGGUGGAGCACGACUCAGACUCUGAGAAUGGCUGCGAUGCCUACGGGCGACCCUGGGCUUGCCGCGACCCAGAGGCCAUUGACCGUCGCUAUGGUAACGGGGUAUACGACCAGAGCUCAGGCCUCCAUCUCAAAUCAGAGGCAGAUUAUUAUGAUCCAGAGUACUCGCCCUGUCAGCGAGGGAAAGCAGGAAUCAGCCCACCGUACAACAACAGCAACUAUCAGAACUAUGCAGUCAACAACAGCGGCAACACACCCGGACGUCUGUUAAAAUGUGACAAAGCCAUGGGCAAUAACAAUGACAACACCCAGUUUAGUCCUCAGAGACUCUCUCACUCAGACUCUCUAUGCAGCAACCAAUCUGUCAACCUCAUGGACUCGCAUGUCUACGACCCUCACAAAGCCUACAUGCACCAGGACUACAACAAGCACGACGCCUAUGAGUUCAAAGGUCAUGGCCUGAUCCACUCGAUCAAGCGAGAGCCCAUAGACUCCCCACCGUGGCCCGAGAGCGGUCACGACAUAAGCCAGUCCAUGAUGGUUGGUCCUAGGAACGUUAUGCCAUGUGUGAUGAGCACAGGGCACCACAAGUCCAGUCCCUACAUUUAUAUGCCGUAAGAGUGAUUGGUGCGAACACAUCAGAUAUUUACCUGUCCCCAACCCUCCGCCCCACUCCCCACCCUCCACACAAGCAAGCAAUCAGUGUGCAUUAAAGUACUUUCUAUUGCGCCACAUGCACCAGCAUUACAAAAGGACAGUCUUUGAAUACAAGGAUUCCCAGGAUGUCAACAUUUAUAUUACUUCUUCUAUUUGAUGAAGAGGUCACAAACAAGGCUCAGGUUCUAGUGUUAGUGUUGUGACAAUCAAAAAUAAUACUUUUAAUCCAAUUUAUGGAUAGAUGAUUUAGUUUUUAAGGAAUACAUUUUGUAGUUGGUUCCAAGCACUUUUGGAUUUAGUGACAAUGAGACAAAUUACGUCUAGAAACACAAUUUCAUUUUGUUUUAUGUGUUGUGUACACGUGGCUUUUGUGGCAAAGAUUUUGCUGUAAAAAAUACUUUUUUUAAAAAUGUUGUACACAGGAGAUGACUCACACUUAACUACUGGGCUUAUCAAGGGAGAUGGGUGAUUAUGAGAGCACACUUAGCAGUCAUUGAUAUCAACUUAAAGGAUGAUCUGCCUUGAUGGUGGUUUCCCAUGUUUAAAAGCUUUACCUAUACAUCACCUACCUUUUUCAAUACUGCCUCCAGUGAUGUCUGAUGGAAACUACUGGUUUCUAUGCAUUUUACAUAGACUUCAAAACUUAAUCAAUUGCCAUAAAAAAUAAUUACUUGGUAAACGUUAUAUAAUUAUCGCAACAUAACAUGUUUGCAACCAUCAUUCCUACAGUAAAGGACUCUGAUAUCUAAUACUGAGCAGCUGUGGAAAAGCAGUUUUUAUUGCAUGAAAACCAAAUUCACAUUAUCUUUUUCACAACAUCCCUGUUUACUCAAUCUUUGUAUUUUGAAUUAGAUUUUUCAAGACCAUAGCUUACAAUGCAAUGCUUUUGUCAGAGCAUCCUUGAAUUCACCAUUACAGGCCUUUAUUUAUUUAAAAAAAAAAAAUUGUAUCUCCUUGCAAAUGCAGAAUCCAUUGAAAAACUUGACAGUAAUGUAAAGUUUAUGCAAUUUCAAGUUAAUGGACCAAAACAUGUGAAAACUAUUAGUACGGCCAAAGCUUUAAGCAGCCCAUAUUCACUACAUUGCCCGCUUACACACAUAAAGGCAUUAUAUAAGAAGGGGUAAUAAACCCUUAACCACAAACCAUUGGUUCAAGCAUGUGUCCUGCCUGAAGCAUUUUUUUAGCAAGGUACUGAAUCCUAACAUGAUCUGCAGGGGGCCACUCUGUCCCUGCUCGUUGGCUUUAAACUCCUUGUGGAAGGGAUAAAAGGAAAAGUGAAAUUCAGUGAGCAUAAUAAAAAGCAUAAGGAUGUUGAUGGCAAAACUGAUUUAACUAUAAAUCACAAUUACGAUUCUACAGCAUUAUAUUUGCAUCAACUCAUCAUCAUCAUCAUCAUCAUCAUCUCAACUCAGAUCACACCAGAAUUGACCUUAAAUUUGCAAGACGAACUAAAAAAUGACUAUAUUAAUUAUUAGUUAAAGGUUUUUUCUGGACAAAGUUAAAGUGUUAGUUUGAACUGAAGGAAAAGUAGGCAGUGUUGUUAAAUGGUUCGAUGUUAAUUCUAAUUUCAAUGAGCAGAAUAAUUUCAUAAUCCUAAAUCAUAACUCCUGUUGAAAGUACAAAUAUUAUGUCAUUUUAUGUCAACGUUAAUGUUGUAUAGUGUGGAUUACAUUGAAAUGCUUUUCAACACAAUGCAGCCUAUCUCACUGCAGAUACCACACAUUUCCUUUGAAAUGAAUAUACACUUUUAAUAUCGUCUUUUCAGUCCAAAAACAUCAGACAAUGUCUUCACAAUCAGUAUUUUUGCACAAUGUUAUUAAAAGCACCAAAUUGAUUCAAUGUCAGAGUCUCAGUUCUGUGAAGCUGCUGUGGUAGUUUCUAAAUUGCACUACUGGGAGCAGUUCAGUUGAAGUUCAGACUAGCCAGACAAGUUUUUGAGUCGACAUGCACAACUGUACAUGGUGUCACUGUUUUGAAUUUGUCUUUUUCUCUUUGUGUGUGUUCAUUUCAAUAAAUGUUUGAUGAUUCGUAUUUAUUGAAAGGCAAAAGUACAUAAUUUAAAAACUACAAUUUUGAAGGCUUUUCUGUUUCACCUAGGUAAAUAAACAUGGCUUUUUUUUGUCUCA